ACCAGCUUCUAGAAGCUCAUUGCGGUGGCGUUGGUCCUGACUGCGGGUGCUGAUGCAGUUUCUGCAAGACCAUAAGCUGAAUGCCUGGAACCCUUGAUAUUUUGCUGUCCCUAGUGCCUGUCGGUGGACUGUACUGUUAAUUCACCUAGAGUUUGAAGGGGACUGUAUUCCUGCUGGUGAUACAUUUGCAAGCUGUAGUACCUUGGACGAGAUGACAGCCAUCUCCCCGGACCCUCAAACUCUGGCCUCAAAUGAACCAAACAAGGUCCUAAGAAUGGAUACUCCUGGGGAUCAAGAAGCUAUCCGGAGAGGAGACACGACUGACCCAGAGACUUUUAGACAGAGGUUCAGGUGGUUUUGUUACUCAGAAGUGGCUGGACCCAGAAAAGCCCUGAAUCAGCUCUGGGAGCUCUGCAUUCAGUGGCUGAGACCAGACAUCCACACGAAAGAACAGAUUUUAGAGCUUUUGGUGUUUGAGCAAUUCCUGACCAUUUUGCCUGGGGAGAUCAGGAUAUGGGUAAAGUCACAACGUCCUGAGAGUAGCGAGGAAGUAGUGACCCUCAUAGAGGAUUUGACCCAAACACUUGAAGAAAAGGAAGAUCCAGCCUCUCAAGAGUCUGUUAUUUCUGAAGAGGAGAACCCUGAAGAAAAUAAAAUGGUUUCUGUCCUUCCAAGUGCUGAGUCCCCGGAGUCCAUAACAUUCAAGGAUGUGGCUGUGAACUUUUCCAGAGGAGAGUGGAGAAAACUGGAGCCUUUUCAAAAGGAGCUCUUUAAGGAAGUGCUACUGGAGAACUUUAGGAACCUAGAAUUUUUGGGCUUUGCAGUUUCCAAAUUAGAUUUGAUUUCCCAGCUUAAGUGGGUUGAACUGCCAUGGCUGCUGGAAAAAGAAGUCUCAAAAGGCUCCAGACCAGAGUGUGAACCUAGAGGUGAAUUGAAGGAAUCCUUUCGAAAUCAAGAUGCUCUCCUGGAUGAAUCAACUUUAAAUAAAAUAAUAGAAAGAUGCCUAAUGGGUGGGGAUCAUGGCUUAAUGGGAGAAUCCCGGAAGCGUAGCAGUAAGGAAUAUUCACAAGGCGCAGUCACACAAAAGAAAACUCAUGGGAGAGGCAGUAAGGGUGAGGAAUUUGACCCAGAUAAGAGCCCCUUUGGAAGUAAUUUCAAACAAACCUCGGACAUAAUUAAACAUCUGAGAGUCUACUUAAGGAAGAAAUCUCGGAAGUAUAAUGAAUGCAAGAAACCCUUCAGUUUUCAUUCAGACCUUAUGAACCGCAAAGAACACACUGGAGAAAAGCCACGGAAAUGUAACGAAGGCAGGAAAGCCCUAGGUCACUCUUCAUCUCUUACUGAACAUCAGAAACAUCAGAAAAUGGGGAGGAAUUUGGGGAGGAAGGCCCAGAAAUGCAGUAACUGUGGGAUAGCCUUUACACGAAGCUUGUCCCUUACUAAGAGAAGAAACUGCACUAUAUGUGAAAAAUGUUGGAAAAAUCUACAUCAAGAUGCAUCCUCAGAUAAAGAUGAGGGAGCUGAGAUGGGAGAAAAGACCCACAAAUGUAGCAAAUGUGGAAAAGCCUUCGGCUAUAGUGCCUCCCUGACCAAACAUAGGAGAAUUCACACAGGGGAAAAACCCUAUAUGUGCAAUGAAUGCGGAAAAGCUUUCAGUGACAGUUCAUCCCUCACGCCACAUCACAGAACUCAUAGUGGAGAGAAACCCUACAAAUGUGAUGAUUGUGGAAAAGCUUUCACCCUGAGUGCCCACCUCAUUAAACAUCAGAGAGUUCAUACUGGAGAAAAACCCUACAAAUGUAAAGAAUGUGGGAGACCCUUCAGUGACAGUUCAUCUCUUAUUCAACAUCAGCGAAUUCAUACUGGAGAAAAACCCUACACGUGUAACAAUUGUGGAAAGUCCUUCAGUCACAGCUCAUCCCUUUCCAAACAUCAGAGGAUUCAUACUGGAGAGAAACCCUAUAAAUGUGGUGAAUGUGGAAAAGCCUUUAGACAGAAUUCUUGCCUUACUCGACAUCAGAGAAUCCACACUGGAGAAAAACCCUAUUUGUGUAAUGACUGUGGGAUGACUUUCAGCCAUUUUACAUCUGUCAUUUAUCACCAGAGGCUUCAUUCGGGAGAAAAACCCUACAAGUGUACCCAGUGUGAGAAAGCCUUCCCUACCCAUUCGCUCCUCAGUCGUCAUCAGAGAAUUCAUACUGGUGUAAAACCUUAUAAAUGUAAAGAGUGUGGAAAAUCGUUCAGUCAGAGUUCAUCUCUCAAUGAACAUCAUCGAAUUCAUACUGGAGAGAAGCCCUAUGAAUGUAACUACUGUGGAGCAACCUUCAGCCGCAGCUCAAUCCUGGUAGAACACCUAAAAAUUCAUACCGGAAGGAGAGAAUAUGAAUGUAACGAAUGUGAAAAGACAUUUAAGAGUAACUCAGGCCUCAUCAGACAUCGGGGAUUUCACUCUGGAGAGUAGUUCUUGAAAUACUGUAAAGGGGUGUGGGUGGGGGGUGGUGGGGGUGGUGGAAUCUCACCAAAUUGUCCCUUAUUAAAAACCUGGGGUGUAAACUACCACAGCCUUGAUCUGCAGCCACAACUUUGAUGGGUUGGCAGCUAGGAAAAACACUUUCUCCCAUGCACGCUUCUUUGGCAAAUCCUAAUUUGGGUUGGUAAAGUCACAUUGAAAGUGAAGAACGCAGGCGAGAUGGGCAACGAUUCUAAAAGGCCAAAUGCAGAUUUAAAAAGCAAGAAGUGGUGCACAAGACCCACUUAACCAUUUCUCUUCAAGAGGUUUCUCUUAGCUUCUAGCAAGAACUGGUCGAAUUCUGUUCCAGUUUGCCAACCACCUCGCUAUAUCACCUUGGAGCAUGUCAUUUGCCCUUUCUAAAUUUGAGUUUCUUUACUGGUACAAUGAAGUGGCUGAGGCUCAUGAUUUCUGAGUUUACAUCUGAUCCUCUCUGAAGCUGUGGGAAUAAGCUAAACACUUGGCUCGUUGGAAUUUUCAAGUUUCUGUGGUAGGAAAUUACUCAAGAGCGUGAGCUUCUAGCAUAGUGAGAAUGAAGUAUACUCUUGGAAUACUUGAUGCCAAAUCCCUAGACUGUCAGCAGGAACAAGUCGGUGAAGCUCACGCAGGUGUGUUUUCAGGGAGCGUUUUAAUUGGACAAAGUAUCCCAACCUGUUUUUUCCUCUGGACUUUGAGUAAGGGGCUUAGGAAUCUAGAGGGCAUGCGUGGGAGCCAUCUCAGCCAUGAGAGUACCAGUCCUCGGAAAAUAGGUUGGGGGCUGGGGAAGGGGGUGGUAGGGGAAGAAAUGGGUGCUGAAAGCAGAGCUAUUCUGGAUGGAUUGUCUUUUGCAAAAUAGAAUUAUAUUUUUUUAAAAGUUUGCUUAUAGUAAGUAUAGCUCCUUGUAAUUGGAGUGCAAACAUUGGGUAUGGCAAAGGUCAUGAGCUAAGAAUGGGCCAUUUGAUAUGGUUUAGUUGGUCUGCACGAUAAGGGGUGUGUGUAUGUGUGUUGGUGGAGUUGUCACCAUUUAAAAAUUAGAUUUCAUAUUUAAAAAAAUAAAGGCUUGCCUUGAAAAAUUGCAAGGGGUGACCACACUGGCCCAUAUUUCAGUGGAGUAGUCAGCUGGUUUGGUGUGGUGCCUGCUGCCUUUACAUGGGGAAUCCACUCUUCUACUUGCCAAGUUCUCUCGUUUAUAGGACCUGACUUGCCCACUAUAGGAACUUGAUACUAUGAUCCUCUACCAUCUGGAGAAUGCAGAUCCUAAAAACUAAAGAGACUCUAUUGAUACGGAUAUUCAGGAAAAGAAUGUAGAAAUAAAAAAAAAAAAACUUUUCAGUUACAUUUUCUUGUUGAAACUGGACCUGAAAGGAAUAGAGUGUGCAGAUACUAGUGGAUUGUUACUUAGAAAUCUCAUUGGUGGAGUGUGAAUAACAAUUUCUAACUGAAAAAGGAACUAGAGCCCUGAGUCCAUUUGGGUUACGUCUCAGGUGAUAGGGUUCUGGAGGUGCCCUACUGAUUCAACAGUGGUACUAAAAAGUUCCUCAAGUUGAAGUUUGAGGCAGCUGUUAUAUGAAAGAGAAUGAAACCAGAAAACUUUUGGCUUAUGGAAGAAGAUCUUUCAUGCUUACUGGAGACUCAGCAAUAUUUGCUGUGAUUUAAUAGGUGUGGGUUUGCAGUGCUACCUCUGGAUUAUACUGUUGGUUUCUUCCUUGUACCCCAACUCUCCCCACCCCAAAGCUUGUAGUUCAGAUACUGCUGAGUGGUAAAUUGAUCUGCAUAGUUAAUUGCUCAGUGGACCAACCAGAGACAUUCUAGCCAUGAAAGGAAUAUGGUUUAUGAGAAUCAUUCAAUCUGGUCUCAGUGUUUUUUGUGAACAUAUAUAAACCCUGGUUUGGUUUUUUUUUUCUGAAAAGGUAGAGUAUGUGAAGGGAAGUAUUUAAAAUUCUUGAGAAGAGGCUUGUUCCAGGAUGUUUACCAACAUUCUCCAACAUUCAUAAGAGGAUGUUUUAUACCAUUGUUGGGAAUCUGGAACAUAGUUUUUUUUAACAAGUUUUUUGGGGUGUAAGUUACAUAUAAAAGUCAUUUCAAGGGUAUAAUUGAGUUUUGGCAGAUUCACUGAGUUGUGCAAUCAUCACCGUAAUCCAUUUUUAGAACAUUUUAUAACCUCAGAUCCCUCGUGCCUGUUUACAGUUAAUCCCUAUGCCUACUCUUAGUCCCAGGCAACCACUAAUCAGUUUACGCUGUCCAUAGAGUUGCCUUUUCUGGACAUUUUAUACAAAUGGGGUCAUGUGGUCUUUUGUUUUUCAUUAACAUGUUUCUAAUUUCAUAUUAUAGUGUAUCAGUCCGUUAUUUUUAUUGUUAAAUAAUACCCUAUUUUAUGGGUAUACCCUAUUUUGUCCAUUCACCAGUUGAAGGACAUUUGGGUUGUUUACAAUUUUUGGCUGUUAAAAAGAAUGCUGCUUUGAACAUUGAUGUGUAAGUCUUUGUGUAGACAUGUCUUCAUUUUUCUUAGGUAGAUGCCUGAGUGGCUGACUCAUCUGGUAAAUUUUUGUUUAACUUUUUAAGAAAUUGCCAAAUUGUCUUCUCAAGCGAGUACAUCAUGUUGCUUUCUGAGCAGCACUGUAUGGUCCCAUACAAUCUGGGAAAUACAGAUCCUAAAAUCUAAAGAGAUUCCAUUGACAGAAAAAUUCAGGAAAAGAAUGUAAAAAUCAUACAGAGUGACUCUUCAGUUAAGUUUUCAUUGUAAAAUUACACCUCAAAGGAAUAGAGUGUGUAGAUAUUAGUGGAUUAUUUCUUAAGAAUUUCAUUGACAGAGUCUGAAUAAUAAUUUCUAACUGAUGAGGCAGCUGAAGCCUUGAGUCUGUCAGGUGUCUCUACAUCCUCACUAACCCUGGUUAUAUUAUCUGUUUUUAUGAGAGCCCUCCUAGGUAUUUGAAAUGGUAUCUCUUUGUGGUUUUAAUUUGCAUUUCCCUGGUGGCUAAUGAUGGUGAGAGUCUUGUCAUGCGCUCUUUAACUAUUUAUAAAUCUUUGGGAAAAUAUUUAUUCAAGUGUUUUUUUUUUCCAUUUAAAAAAUUGCCUUAUUGAGUUGUCAUGGUUUUUAGUCUAUGUAAAGGUCUUCUCUCCAGUAUGAACUCUCUAAAUACCAGGUACUAGCCACAGAGAGUGACCUCAAACCCUGCUGCAUGGUAUUUAUCAAAAGCUUGCUUUCAGUAACUACUUCUGUGUAAUUGCCUAAAGGAUAUUUGAUCUGGGCCAUCAUCCAAGUACUUAAAUUCAUUUUUAUGCCCUAUCAGCUCAUCAAGAGAUUUUUAAACUUUUUUUGAUUCCUUAUAGAUUUGUUUUUAUUAACCAGUAUUUGACUUUAUGCUUUUUAUAUACAUUGAUGGGUAUUAAAAUCAGCCCUUUAACACAUUCUAAUUUAAAAUGCAGAUCUUGCUCUUAAAAAUGUUUCUUCUUACGGAGUUUCUGUUGAAGAAACUUCUUUCAGCUCACAGGACAAGAUAAAAGCUUCUCCUGUCAGUGAGUCUACUUUUAUUUACUUAUUUUUGAGUUAGUUUUUAGUGUGGUAAAAUACACAGAACAUAAAGUUGAGCCUUUUAGCCCUUCUUGGGAAUACAAUUCGGUGGCAUGAAGUGCAUUCACAUUGUUGUGUAAUCUUCAUGACUGUCUAUCUCCAGAACUUUUCUGUCAUCCUAAAUGGACACUUAUUAAACAGUUACUCUUCAUUCUGUCCUGCCCACAGCCCCUGGUGACCACUAUUUUACUUGCUGUCUCUCUGAAUUUGAAUAUUUGUCUUUUUGUAUCUGAUUUCUUACACUUAGCAUAAUGUUUUUAAGGUUCAUGAUACAGCAUGUGUCAAAAUUUCAUUACUUCUCAAGGCUGAAUGAUGUUCCAUUGUAUGGAUGUACCAUAUUUUGUUCAUUCAUCCAUCCACGGACAUUUGGGUUGUUUCCACCAUUUUGGCUAUCGUUAGUGGUAUAAAAUAGAGUCCCUAGUUCUAAGCAGAUGUUCUUAAUGGCAUCUAGAAUGGUGAUCCGUUCCAGAAGGUUUUCCAUUUACUUUGCCGAGGUCCAUCAGAGGAAUCACUAUCUGUGCCAGCUAUAGCCUUACAAAACGUGUUUGUUAAAUAAAUAAUAAGACCUGGAAGUUGAAAUUAGUCCUUGAUCCAGGGGCUGCAGAGUAGAUACUGUGUUAGCAGUGAUAAAAACAAAUCAUACAUCUUCGUGAGAGCUCUUGGGUGACCAGGUAAAUUGUCUUUGAGCAGCAAUACUUUGAAGGAAUUUUUUUUUUUUUCUGAGCAGAUCUCAAUAGUGGACUUAGAAAAUUGAGUAAAAACCAUGUGGUAGGAGUGCCUGGGUGGCUCAGUCGGUUACGCAUCCGACUCUUGAU